AUGAGAAUCUCGAAAGACGAUAUGUCAGAGGUGACGUGGAAAUGGUGGUGCAAGACCAAGAACCUAGGCCGCUCAACAGAGAAAACACUAGCUGACUUCAACUCGGAUUCUACCUCUUCUGACAUCACAGAGUCUGUCAGCGCCGGUAAAGCUACGUCCACCGAGCCCAGAGAUGAAAAUCUUGGAUUCAGCGCCUCGUUAAAGACCUUUUACGAGGGCCCCGGCAGCUUUCAGGGCAUGUACAACUGGGUCGACUACCCGCCACGCCAAAUGUCCAAGAGCGCAGCCAAAGCUCAGGAUCGAGUGGCUGUCAAGCUGUUCAAAAUAAAAGAUACGGACAAGCCCAUCAUGGGAAAUCGGUUCGCGCUCAAGUAUCACUCCAUUGAAUUGCAGAAUCCGAAUCUGGUCGCCGCAAUCGAGCCGAUCCUCAAGAAGGAGGAUGUGCGCCUGGACUCCACCGAACCGGCGAAGUUCUAUGAGCCCUUUCGGUCCCUUUACUUCUGCUACGAUGAGAUCGUAGCCAAGUACAAGUCGUUGCCAGAGGGGAGCUCGUUGAACCCGUUCUUGCUGUUGUUCAUCAAAGUCAUGGAUGAGGUGUUCGUCGAGGUCCGGACCAAGAAGCGGAACCUCGAGGCGAACAAGCUCAUUUCCUUCAACACAGCUUGGGCGUAUUUUGCCCGAGACGCACCGGUCAUCAGCCGGGGGCCAAACUGCGAGUUCAUGUGCAAAAUAGUCAACACUAAUUACGUAAAAACUGCCUGCGGGAACGUCCUGUACAUCACGGUUAAGAUUCUGCGGUUCAAUGGGGAUGCAUUCGUCUGGGAACAAAGGGAUUUCAAGAUUCCCGAAUUCGCGGGGAACCAGCUUAUUACUGAGCUUGAUCACUUUCCUUUGGAGUAUCAUGAAAAUGCUCAAAGCCUGUGGGAGCAGAUGGACAAACGGGGGCGCAUGGUGUUGGAUCACCAGGGACUCACUUAUUGCACCUACAGCGGCAUCGCUAUUUAUCGAGAGGGCAUAAAUCUGGAGAAGCAUAAUGUGGAUGGAAGGAUCUUGAUUGAUGUCGUCGGGUAUAACAAACAUCAUCUCAUCAAGGGUGAAAGGGAGGGCACGGAUACAGAGACGCAGAAGAACAUCGUCGCAGGAACUGGAACGUGCCAGAGACAUAAGCGAAGAACCAUCUCACAGCCUGCGGACUCUGAAGUCGCCAAGAAUGAUGGUGCCAUCGCGGAGGACACCAAGACAACUGAGGCCAAGAGAUUAAGCGAAAAAGAUCAGAAGAUGAAUAAGCAGUCCAUGCUUGAAAGGCCGGGUGACCUGAUGUACAUGUGGCCGCUCCUGGAGGGAUAUGCAUUGAAAAACAAGCUAUGGAUUUCUUUCUUCGUCGAGGAUAUCCGACCUAUUAUUGCAUGGAAUGAUCAAGCUUUCGAGCACCUGGUCUACGAUGAGCAACAAAAGGAUUUGGUUCUGUCAUUCGUCGAGAGCCACGGUCACUCUACGCAUCAACAGCUGGAAGACGUGAUUGUUGGCAAGGUGGCCCUCCAGGAACUGGAAAAACACUUACAGCGGAAGCCGGACAUUGCUCGCAACGAACUCGUCUCUAUCUUUCUGCGCGAGCUCGAGUACUUCCGGGGAAUCAUCUUCUUGACCACGAACUUGUACCAGACGAUCGAUACUGCCUUCCGGAGUAGAGUCAAUCUGCACCUUCUGUUCAAGCCGUUGACGAUCGAGGCGCGCGGGGUGGUGUGGAGAAAGUUCUUGGAUAGGUUGCCUGGGAGUGGUGAGCAUAAGCAGAAGGAGCUUCAAGCCAAACGCGGAGCAAGGGAGGUUGAGAUCAGUGAGGAGGAUAUUAAGGAGCUGGCUAUGUGGCAGCUUAAUGGGAGGGAGAUCAAGAAUGCGGUCAAGAUGGUCAAAUCAUGGUGUGAACAUAAGGAAUAUGAGAUGACACUGCAGAGGCUGGAGAACGGUAUAAAGGCUACGAGUCCGCAUGCGGCGAGGGUCAACCAUAAUGGGGAUACGGAUAUUUAUGACGAUUAG